AGAAGUCUUUUAGUAGCUCUUGGACUGCCCUGAGCAGCGGUCGUCAAUCGCGGCACAAAUCCGUCGCCCAAACAAGAGAGUUCGUUGUGGCACACCAAACGCAACCAUCGACGACCCACAAAAGCCGCAGCUCUGUAACCCGAUCCAGUCCGAAGCGUUUUCAAGUCAACAACUGGUCCAGGUCUCUGCUCCCUAUCCGGUUCAGUUCGUUCACGUUGGAUUAGCCGUGCGGGCUGUUAAAAAUGUUUCGCGCUACGGAAAUCGGCAGCGAAGAAACCCUGCCAGCUCUGGCGGAGAUUACGCAGGUGGGAUACGAACAGGAGGCACGGGACAUCGAGUGGGGAGGAUGGAGAGGAGAACGGGUCCAGUUGAAGCGGCCUCACCGCAGCUCCCUACCCAAUUAUGGGUUUACUCCUCCGCCCAUCCGCAUGGAGUACAGAUACCCCCGAGCCGUCUUCUUCGUUCUGGCCACAAAGUUUUUUGAGGCUUUUGCUGCCAACGGAAUUCGCACUGUUCUCGCGCUCUAUCUGCGCGAUGAUCUCAACUUCACCGAGAGCUUCUCCACGGUGGUGCUGCAUAUUUUUAAUUUUUUCGGUCAGUUCUGUCCGAUUAUUGGAGCCAUCCUAGCGGACAGCUACAUAGGCAACGUUCGCACUAUCUCAGGCUUCUGUUUCAUCUACGCCUUUGGAUGGUUGCUGCUUACACUGACAUCCCUGCCCGCAAUAGGCCUUUCGAUGGUGCUGCUGGUGUCCAUUGCUCUAUUAUUUAUUGCCGUGGGUAAUGGAUCCAUCCGCGCUUGCAUCACAUCGCUUGGGGCACUGCAGUUUAGGCUACCUGAACAGAGCGUCCAUCUGGCCGAGUACUUUUCGUUCUACUAUUUUGUCUAUUAUUUUGGAAUCUUCUUAAGCAAGAUCCUUCCACCGCUUGUAAGGGCCAAUACACAGUGCUUUGAUAAGACGGAAUGCUACCCGGCUGUAUUCGGCACCCUAGGAAGUGCUUUUCUGAUGGCUUGGAUUAUCUUUCUGGUUGGAAAAUGCUUCUACAAAUCUGAAAAGCUGUCCGAUGACAAUAUACUCUUUAAGUUCUGUGGCUGCAUUAAGACAGCUCUGGUGGAGAAGUGGAGACGUCGCAAGUCGCGAAAGCGCUCAACCUAUUGGCUACACAAUGCAGUUGGAGCCUAUGACGAGGGCUUCGUUAAUGAUGUUUCUAAGGUUUUAAGGAUCUCCAAACUUUUUAUUCCGCUGCCCUUUUAUUUUGCUCUGCUGGCGCAACAGGACUCUAGCUGGACCUUCCAGGCUACACAGAUGAAUACCACAGUAUUGGGCGUUACCAUCCAACCGGAUCAGGCCAAAGCCGUUGGCCCGAUCUUCCUAUUUAUGCUCAUCCCGCUCUGGCAGUAUGUAACUGUGCCUUUGCUGCGACGAUAUUUCAAUUGGGAGCUGCAGCCGCUCCAUAGUGUGACUGUUGGAGGAAUUUUCUCUGCCGGCGCUUUUUUCUGUGCAGGAGCUGUACAAGAACAUAUAAAUAAUUCUCCCCUUCAAACAGUGAAUAUAGCCUGGCAGCUUCCACAGUUCCUUUUACUCAUGAUGGGUGAACUUCUGCUUUCCAUUCCGGGACUCCAGUUUGCCUUUACCCAAGCACCAACCUCUAUGAAAUCUGUGGUCACGGCUGCCUGGUUCUUAAACAAUGCUUUUGGCAAUCUCAUUGUGGUUAUGGUUACUGAACUAGGCAUGCUGAGCUCCCAGAUGGCCGAGUACUUCUUCUAUGCUGUAAUUAUGCUGGUUUGUAUUAUCCUGUAUGCCCUGUUGGCGUUUGAUUACACGUUGCAGGAACGCAAGGGAGAGCUGUACGUAAGGCUAGACAGUGACCCCGAGAAUCGGGAUGUCCCUAGCACUAGCCGUAGCGGCAGCAUCUAGGAGAAGUUCUAUUCUCUAGUAUUUUCAUUGCACUUGUAAUUUAUUUGUACACAGGCAAACAUACAUUUAACUGAAAAUAAAUAAAAGUUUAGCAACUAAA